AUGGCAGAAACAACAAUUACAGGUGGAAUGGAUCAGAGAAAUCCAGCAUUGACAACAGAGGCCACUCUUGCCCCAAUCACUAUUCAACGCAAAGUUAGAACUGACUUGGAAACUUCUAUCCCUAAGCCUCAUAUGGCUAGGGGUUUGGUUGCUCCAGACAUGGAUCACCCCAAUGGAACUCCUGGCCACAGUCACAAUGGCAUGAGUGUUCUUCAGCAACACGCAGCUUUCUUCGAUCAGGAUGAUAAUGGCAUUGUUUAUCCAUGGGAAACAUACUCCGGGCUUCGUCAAAUUGGCUUCAAUGUGAUCGUUUCAUUCAUAGUAGCUAUUAUGAUCAAUGCUGUCUUGAGCUAUCCUACUCUCCCAGGGUGGUUUCCUUCUCCGUUCCUUCCAAUCUACAUUCAUAAUAUACACAAGGGCAAACAUGGAAGUGAUUCCGGGACCUAUGAUAGAGAAGGCAGGUUUUUGCCAGUGCACUUUGAGAACAUUUUUAGCAAGUACGCUCGAACUGUGCCUGAUAAGCUUAGUUUUGGAGAAUUGUGGGAUAUGACUCAAGCCAAUAGAGAUAUAUACGAUUUUCUUGGCUGGAUUGCUUCAAAAUUGGAAUGGGGACUUUUGUAUUUUCUUGCUCGAGACGAAGAUGGAUUCUUAUCGAAAGAGGCUAUAAGACGAUGCUUUGAUGGGAGUUUGUUCGAUUAUUGUAAGGCACAAAUGGGAGGUGACUAUGCUAAGCAAGAAUAG